AUGUGCGGGGUAGAAGGGAAAGGGGGCUGCGUGGGUUAAAUAUCUCGAAAUGCCAGCCCAUGUUUUGGCCCACACUAGCAAUUCCCCCUCCCUUCGCCUCCAUUCCCCUUCCAGAAACAUUAUAUUGCAUAAGCUGUUUUUCCACAAUAUGACUGUCCCGAAGGAAAUUGUGCUUCGAGGUACCGGCGUCGGCACCGGCUGCAAGGCUGUCUCUGACGUUGAUCUCGAGAACGGCACAUCUGAGGCCAACGGCUACAAGCUGAUCUCCGACUUCACCAGCCCGGGCUACAUUGGCCACGGCGUCGGCCACCGCGACCCCAAGACAGGCAAGCCGCUGCCAGCGUCCGUGCACAUCCCGACUGACGGCGAGCUGCACCCCGAGCGGUACAUCUCCACGGCCAUCGAGUACGAGGACCCUGCCGCGGCACUGCAGUGGCGGCGCAGCGAGUUCCUAGAGAAAUACAACGUCAAGAGGGCCAGUCUGGUGCGUGCCACGUACUUUGAAUGGACUGCCAGCGCACAAAAGCUGGUGGGGAAGAAGUUUGCCGCCGAGGAGUGCUUGGAGAGGGCGGCGUUUGAGCGAGAGGUGCACGCGAUUGAGAAUCCCGAUGUCCCGCAGUUUCACGAUUAGUCAGGUCUAUUUUUACCGGUGUUCAUAUAACCUCCACCUGACGUGUUUUCAUUUUCGCUUCCAAGAACAACUGGUGUUUAGGAGACAUAGGCCAAUGCAAAGUGACAACGCAACACAAUAACCUCUUCUCACCCGAUACGUGUUCUAUUUCUGUGCAACACAUGACGCUCCCGAGCAGGCAGCAAAUUUUUUUAGCCAACUCGGGUGUAUAAAGCGGUUUACCAUCCCGCAUUGCUUCGCUGAGCCAUUCUCCUCGACUCCUCCCCAAACUCCAGACAUCCAUCCACUCCCUUCUCUAUUAAUAUCCCACUCCUACUCUCAAUAUUGA